AGUUAUUAUGUUUAAAAUAUUAGGUUUGUUAUAAUUUAUGGCUUAUUGAAUGAUUUCUAGUCAUGUCUUUAAAAGACAAUUCCGUUAUUUUAUCGAAUUCUUCAAAUAAUUCGAAUUGCAACAUUACGUUGGGGGAUGAAACUCCAAAGCCAAUUCUAUCUUCAACAACUCACAAAAGCAGAAACAGUAAAAGUUCACGAAAUGAUCUGAGAGAAAGUUAUAUUCCUGUCCCAAAAAAUUACAGAGGUCCUAUAUCAAAGAGAACAUCAGUUGGAUCAUCUAAUUCCUCCAAUGAGUCGGCAUUUAAUGAUGAUUCUUCAUUGAGUAUAUUAGAUCUUGAUGAACUGCCCGAUGCCAGGAAAUCAGUGAGUUUGGUUCAUAUUAGUGAUAAAGCAAGCAGUAUUGGGAGUUGGCUGGAUUCUGGAAACUAUAUAGAUGGAAACGAUGACAAAGAAAAUUGUGAAAAUUUUUCCAGCAAUCACCCCCUCCAUAGAGGAAAAGCUGUGGACCUCGAUGAUUCCUCAUUUAAAUCUGACCAACUUCGACUUUCGGAAGCAAAUCGGUAUGAAUAUUGUUACGCAACAAAAUCAUAAAAAAAAUAGCUUUUAUAAAAUAAAAUGGUUAAACAUAAAAA